CUUUAAGACGAUGGCAUCACCUGAAAUAUUGUCUAAUAUCAGCUAAGCCACGAAAUUUUAAUAAUUCUUAAAAAUUAUUAAGCUUCAAAAAAUAAAGAAAAAUGCGGAACUUCUUUCAAAAACGAACAUGGAACUUGUUUAACAUCCGUGCUCCAAAUCAGGUCAACUUACAGGUUCCAACAGCUACUGAAUCACAAGUCAACGACGCAUACAUCAUCUCCCGUGACUCUGACUCAGUAUCAACGGUAUCAAAUCAUGUAGAAAUUAAAGAACUAACGAUCCUCAACUGCAAAGAUUUAUCAAGUGUCCUUGACUUUUUCAACACGCCCAGCAUCAUUGAUCAACUAAAAGAAUCGGAAAGUGUUUUAUUCAUCAAAUUUCUAAUUGACGAAGAUUUUGGAGAACUGACUGGAAAUGAUAUAACUAAAUUAGCCGAUGAUUGUGCUGGAAAGUCUAUUGUGAUUCUGUUGGAGUCGAUGAAAGGUCAUCGGUUCUCAAUUUAUUGGAAGUCACGGGAAAUUCCAUUCUUUUUGGCAUUUAAACCUUACGAUGAGACAAUGACGAUGAAAAAAAGGGAAAUUUAUGACUUUAUUGCUGAUUUUUUGACGUCUUGCUUGAAACUGGGACAUUUGGGAAUCCAACGGAACCGAAUUGUGUCCCAAGAUGACAACCAGAUCGAACUUGAGUUCCUAACUGACACUCGAGGUUAUAACUUACUUCUCCUUGCUGCAUCUUCAGGAUUUGCUGACAUUGUUCAAAUCCUCCUUGAAAUGGGCAUCAGUCCUGAGUCACAAGAAGAAUCUGUUAAGGCACAGGAACUAGCUUGGGACAAUCAUCAUUCUAACGUUGUUUUGACACUCUUGCAAGCAAAUUUACCGUAUCCAAAGUCUAUAGACAUUAGAUUAUGUUCAGAUGACUUGAGGAAGUUUAUGGUAAGUACUGAGGAACUGCAUUUCGCGAUUGGUGCUAAAAAUACUGAAAGAGUAAAGGAAAUUAUCGGCAAGUAUCCAAAUCAGAGAUAUUUUUACAACUUUGCGAACGAUUCAGCCUUAAAAACUGCAAUUUUGACAAAAUCAAUUGACAUUUACGAACUGUUGAUCAUGCACAAGCUUGCAUUUGCUCCAAUAGAAGACGAAGAAGAGCUUUGGGAUGACUUGAAAGAACACGAAAGAAAGCAAAUUCGAGAAAUUCACUUCAGAAACUUGAAGGACUUGCCAGAGAAGCACAUCAACAUCUUAAUGGCUCAUUCCUUUGUUGGUCAUGAUGUGCAAAAUAAUCAAGAGAAGCGUGAGCAUGUCCAAAAUGCUUACAAAUUCCUCAACUCAAAUCCAUUCCUUAGUGCCAUCCUCAUGGUCGUUGUGGCAUCAAAGAAGCUCCGAAGUGUCUUUGACUUUAAUCGUGACUCGGUUCAAUUUGUUGAUCCAACAGUCAAUGCCAAUAUAAAUGGGAUGUUCUAUUUAUCAGGUCGUGUCUAUGUUGGAGCUAAGCAACUGUUAGAUAAAGCUACAAAGUAUGAAACUUAUUCAACUUUAGCUCAUGAGCUGUGUCAUUAUGCAAUAGACUUGACUUACAACAACAAUGCAAAACCUUAUUUAAGGAACGACAACCAGACUAUGCAGGAAUUUGAGGAAAUAUCUAAAAGAUGUCAAGAACGGACUGGAUAUGAAGAAUACAUCGAUAUGGUCUAUGAUUACUAUCCAACACAGAUGCAGCAUGCAGAGUUGAUUGUUCGUGUUCCACAUUUAAUGGCACUUUAUCAUGAAAAUCCUGAAAGAUUGAAGGAACUGCGACAUAUUUUCCCGGAGCUGUUUGACUUUUACGAGAAGAAGGUCGUGCCUGAGAUGUUGAGCUCACUGCCGGAGAUCGAGAGACGUGACGAGAAGGAAAUCGAGAAAAAGGACAAAAAAAUUUUAAAUCUUAAGAAAAUUUUAUUUUUUUCUGGAAUUUUGUCAAUUUUUGCGAUUAUUUUUGCGGUUAUUUUGGGCCAGUGGCUCACUACUAAGCCUAACUUUAAGUUUGAGGACAUGACUGCAAAUGAUCGAUCGAGACUAAGAGAUGGUAAUGUAAUCUACAAGGAUGUUGAGGUUAAGUUUCAUGAUUUAUUUGCUGACAAUUCCACUGCUUACUAUAAGCUUACAUCCGAUCAUAUCACAAAUCUGCUUGAUGGCCAUGCCUUGAAUUUUACUGACACUCACUUCCUGUAUCUUAAUGACUUGGUUCAUCAUGAUUGGGAAAAUUUGGCGGGAAAUUUAAAACAAAAAUUUUUAACCUCAAAUUUUACAUUCCAAAAUGAAAGUUUAAAGUUUGAAAAGUUGGCAGAAAUAAGUCCGGAUGUCUUUAACUUUUUAACGUCUAAGGAGAUUGUGGAUGUGUUGGAUGGAAAGGAAUUGGCAAUAGGGAACAUGAUUGAGAACAAGACGGACUUUUAUGUAGAAAGGAGGUUCAUUUUUGAGGGUCAGGAGAAGACUUUACAGACUGAACUAUAUACAAACACUAGGGAUGAGUUUGUGGACGUGAUUGACAGGACAGAGAGAAGGAAGUUCUUCAUAUUAUCAUCUGAAGCUGGUGCUGGCAAGACUGUGACUUUUGAACAUUUAGCUGCGGUCAUUAAAAGAAAGUUCCCGACCAAAUGGGUAUCUUAUGUCGAUUUGAAGGAUCAUGUUGAGUUAUAUAGGGCACAUGAGAAGUUAAUUGAUGUUGAAGGUCUAAUAAUUGACAUUCUUAAACUUAAAUCCAAAAGCUCCUUUGAAUUAAAAAUUUUCCAGGAGUUCUUUAGGUCCGGAAAUGUUGUUUUGCUUUGGAAUGGCUUUGAUGAAAUUUCCCCAACUUAUGAAGAAUUUGUAAGUAAUUUGCUACGGAAUAUCCACAGCAAUACUCAAAAUGUCCAAUAUGUCUGCACCAGACCACUCUACUCUGACUUUCUUCAAGAUUUGUUCCAAAUGAAGGCUUACCAACUUGUUCCAUUUACAAAAUCAGAACAGGAAGAAUUUUUGUCAAAAUUUUUCAUAUCCAAGAAUGUGUCAGGCUCUAAAGAGAACCUGAUAGGUAAAGUCAUGAACAUUUCCCUUCGUCUUGACUUUAACACUCCAUUAAUGCUUAAAAUGAUUGCCGAAAUCCACGACCAACCGAAGCUCCUCGAAUCAGAAAAUCUUUUCGAAAUUUACAAAUGUUUUGUGGAUCAAAAGGUCAAAAUUUGGCAGGAAAAGAGCGACUUUGCCAAGAAUCUAUCCAAAUCUGUCUUUACAGGCAGUUCCAAAUUUGACAUUAUCGCGAUUUACCAAAAGUUUUCCAUGCAACUCGACAUUGACUUUAUUAAUGUUAAAAAAUUGGAUGUCAUGCAAACAAAAAUUCCAGACAUUCUUCCAUUUGAGGAAAUAUCAAGGAUGGGCAUCCUGUAUGUCAAUAAUGAGACGCAAUUUGCAUUUUCACACAAAACUUUUGCUGAAUUUUUUAUUGCCAAAUAUUUUAUUGACAGCAUUUACGAUGUUGAAGGAGAUCUUAAGGUUGAGGAAGCAAUUCUAAGACUUGAGGUUCUAUUUUAUGCUUAUAAGAGGUACGCAGGUAUGACAGUUGUAGCUGAGUUUAUGAAACAUUAUAUUAUGGCUCAACAAAAAAGUCAGGUUAAGAACUUCCAUCCAGUCAUCACAAAACUACUUAAAACUAAAUUUAAAUCAUUUUUGUUUGACUUUUUGGAGACUAGAACACCGAUUGUGUUUGACUGGAUGUUGGGAUUCUUCCAAAAAGAUCGUGACUUGUUUCAUUACUUGAUACAGUUGAAUGAGCCAGAGACACUUGGUACAGCAAGCUUAAAUCCUGUUUAUAGACCAACAACAAUUAAGUUUGAUGAGAUGAAGAACAUUUCAAGGAAGUACCUUAAUGAUAGGGAAUUCCAGAAGUUUACAAGCGGAAGGAAUCAAAGGGGAGUUAUUUUAUUCGGUCUGUACUUUUUUAAGUUUUUUAACUUCUCGAAAACACACGAUGAGUAUGUAAUCCCAGACAAUCCUAUUCCACAAAAUUUUUUCUUUACUUUAUUCGAUACAAUGAAAGACAACCUGACAAUUCCAGAGCAGAAGGAGCUUUUUAUUGCUCUCUCGAAUCCAAGGAACUAUCGACACUUUAGUACCUUCAACAUCUCAUCCUACAGCUCUUUAUGGACCAACCAUGGACAUCUUCUGUCCCCUCCAGAGACUAAGGAUAUCCUCGGUGACUCAAUUUUCUGGUUCACAAGAAACUUUUACAAUGCAAAAUUCACAGAAUAUGAAAAUGUCUUGCAUUACUUGAUUGAUAAAAUUGGAAAGACAUUAACUGAUUCUGAGAUUUUUGAGAUAUUUGUGAAUAAGAAUCUCCUCCAAAAAGCCACACUUCAUAAAUUUACUCUCGAAAAUUUGUGGAACUUUUUCGUCAAUCACACGACUUUAGAGCAACAAAAGGACAUUUUGAGGCAUCACGAUUCGUCUGGAAAGUUCUUAUUCUAUAUUAAGUUGGGAUAUCUUAAUCAAAUUUAUGACUUUUCAAAGCUUAACAUUCUGCAUUUAACAUUAAUGUACUCGCAAAGAGAUCGAAGAUUUAUGAAUUAUGUCCUUGAAAUGUACACGACAAGGAUGAGUGAGACUGAAAUGCAGCAAAUGAUUUUAAGUUCGAAUGAAUUUUUGCUUUAUGCUUUUAAAUAUUGUGAUAAGUUUACGUUUAAGGACUAUACGGAAUAUUUAGAGAAACUUUUUGACCGCAAAGAAAAAUUGUUAAAAGAAUUGUUGGACAAGAAUAUAGAACGAACAGACUUAAAUGCUGUUGAGUAUAUGAAGAGCAUAAAUGCAGGCAUUCCUGAAGUUAUUGAUAUAUUUAAUGAAAUGUAUAACAGAGUAGCUUCUAAGGUUCAAUCUUAAAUUUUUUUUUUAUUCUUUUUUUGUUAAAUAAAAAAUAUUUAAAGUUUUUUUUUAAAAUCCAACUGGAUGCUUCUGCACGACAUCCUUAGCUUCGCAAGCAUUCUUUGAAAUUUGUGCCAUUCUUUUGAAAUUUUCAUUAAAAUCUGAGCUUUGAAUCUUUCUCAUAUUUACUUGGACUCGAUCAUGUGCCUCAACACACCAAGCAUCAACCAUAAGUCUCUCAUGAUCAGCUGACGGUAAGUUUAAUUUGAUAGAUGUUGAUGCUCUGGACAGCACACAAGCCAUGGCAUGGAUAUCAAUUGCUGAUUCUGCUAUUCUAUUGAGAUGGAACUGCUCGUGGACAAUAUUUUUGCCAUAUUUAAUAAGUAAUGACGUCACAGCUCGUCCAAAGGCAUCAAUGCUUUCACCACAAAGUUUAGCUGAUGAAUUGAGUGAUGGAUGCGCUAGUGCUGUCAUGUCUACACCUCCAUAUCCAUAUUUCUUUGAUGCUUCCUUGAAAAUCAACCCAAGAUUGCCAAUUGGAUUUUUGAGAGCUUUUUGUACUUCCUUUAAAUGAUUUCCAGCAUACUGCAUGCCAGUCAGUGCAACAAAAAGCUUUAAAAUGUCAUUAGCUCCUUCAUAUAUCCUGUAUAUCCUCAAAUCUCUCAAAAAUCUCUCAACACCAGUGUCAGUCAUGAAUCCCAUUCCACCAAGUAGCUGAAUUGUUUCAUCACAGAUAUACCAAGCACUAUCGGAUGCAAAUACUUUUGAAAUGGCAGCUUCGAGGUGGAAAUCAUUAGAUCCAAGAUCCAUAUUACCAGAGAGCAUGUAAGCUAUCGAUUGGUUGACAUAUUGAAGCAUUGACAUUCUUGCUAUUUUUUCUUGAACACCGCCGUAGGUCUCGAGUUUAUUGCCAAAGGUUUCACGUUGAGUGACAUGAUCAGUAGCACGUUGUAUGCACAUCCUCAUUGUUCCACCUGAAAGAAU